UCUUCGUGACCAGCCCCUUCCGCCAACUGAGGAGGGGGAGAGAGAAGUCCCGCCACCCAGUUCCCCUUGCAGAAGUUUGCUGGACCUGCUGCUCUCCUCCCUCUCGCUUCCGAAGCCGGAGCACGAGCCAGAGCUCGCCCACGCCCACCGCACCCCCGGCUACCCCGCGAGCGGCAGGGAGUGGGUGGCGUCGUCGUCGUCGAGCCCCGAGUGGGCCGGGCUCGGACGGAGCUUGCUUCGCUGCGCCAUGGGCGCCCCCUCGAGCGCGCGCUCCUGCCUCCUGAGCGGCCUCCUCCUGGCCGCCGCGCUGCCUUUCCAAGGAGCAGCAGCAGACGCUUUUUGAAGUGAGAAGACCAUGGCUAAAAGGAGAACAAUGCAUCCACCGGCAGCUGCACCCAUCUAAUAUAUAUGUAGCCUUGCUAAGCAGUGGAGAGUCACUCUAAUUUGAAAAAAAAAGAAGUGUGUCGAAUACAAUUGCAUGUCCCUCUGCCGCUUGGCUCUCUUUUGGAAGGAGCUGCUAUGCUAUGCUUGAAGGAACGUUGGAAACUCUCGAUGAUACCAGGGAAGUCUGCAAGGGAAAUGCAUCUGGAGCCGACAUUAUAAGCAUAAAUACCAAAGAGGAGAAUAGCUUUAUUCGGAGUACAUUCUGCACCCACUGGCAUGGUCCGGAAUACAUAUCAUUGGGCAUGUUUUUUGAUACAGAUGAGAACGUUUUCAAAUGGUACGAUCAAUCCAAAGUGAAUUUUACAAACUGGAUAGAGGAGGAAAGCAAUGAGGAGCUAAUAAACACCUGUGCUGUUAUGCAGACAUCAUCAGGCCAAUGGAAAAAAGCAGCCUGUGAGCACCUCCCACUGACUGAAGUCCUUUGUGAAACCUCCAGUAUGCUUGCAGUUCCUUAUGAAAAGAAGUAUUUACCGGAUGAAACCGCUUGGACAACUACCUUAGUCAUAACUUCAACAGUAAUUGUGGCAGUGUCUGCAGCAUUUCUCUGGUACCUAUAUCAAAGGAGGGUUUCUUCUGGAACAGGAUGUACAGCAUACAGUUCCACCACUCAAGUGCCAAGCAGUGAUGAAGUGGUUCUUGUAGAAGAAGAAAAUGAAUAUACUGCCUAAAUGGUAUUUAUUUAUAACAUAAUUACAGAAAGAACAAUAGUGGCUCCCAAGAAAUAUACCUCAAGGAAAAGACAGUCUGACAUUAUUCCACAUGAAGAUGAACGACCGUCAAUGGUAAAUUAAAUUGCUCUUACGCACAGGAAGUAAAUUUCCAUCCAUGCAACUGUUGUACCAUUUUCACAAACUGAACUUUCAUUCUAUUGUGUUUUUCACUAUGCAAAAAGGCCUUGGCACAAAUUGAACUACCAGUUUGGUUUCGGGAGAGGUUAAGGCUGGCUAGAGGAGAAACAGCAGCAGAUACAGUCCAGCCAAAGUUAAGCACUUCCACAAUUGCUUAAUAUCUGCAACUGCAACUGUCGGCCUUCACAGUGUUUAGCUUUGGCUAGGUAAUAUAUUGGAGGAAAGGGCAGCUGUACAUAGAAACCUGCUGUUCGUCCAGAAGUAAGUGGUCUCCUACAUCCAAAGAUUCACCUCUAUCACUCUCACCUUAAGCUAUUGUGCUAAACUUUGCAGAUUAUGAUGUGCCUGAAGAACUUUUAAAAGCCCACACCUGAAGCCCUUAUUUACAUUAACAAAUGGCAUCGAGAAACAAAUGACAAACUACAAUUAUACACUUUUUCAAUUGUUUCUGAAAUCAGAAUUCCAGUUGUAGAGUGGAACCAUCUGCAAAAAAGGUAGGUUUCGUUAUUAUAAGUUUCACCAUAACACUAGGGGUGGUCCUGUUGUCAAGUCUAAGAUGUUAUUUCACAAAGCCUCCACAAAUGUUUCUUGGAGCAUGUAGUAACUCCAUCCUUCAUACCUUUAAUCAUGAGGCCAUGCCAAAUGUUUUUUUUUAAAAUUGGUCUUCCAAGCUGAAAUGUUGCAUACUAUAGCUAUGUGAUAAAACUAUAUUAACACAGUGGUGGGGAAAACCAUGCAUGUGUACAUGUCUCUAUAUUUUUAUGUGUAUAAUUCUGAUAUAAAUAAAUAAAAAUACCUUGUUAUAUGAA